AUGUCAGAGGUACCAGAAGAAGAACAAAUUUCGGUUGCUCAGUUACAAGCAUUAGUUAAUAUGCAAUUGGCUCAGUUUGAUGCAAUGACUCAGUCAAUUAAUUCAACCUUAGAUAGCUUUGAAUCAAAAAUAGACGAACUCCAAAAUCGAGCCGACUUCCUCAAAAAACAAAAUGCUGAAAAAUGUAAAAAAUAA